AUGUCUUGGCAGUCCUCGUCAGCUAUGGCUGGUGCUGGAGGAAUGCCUGGUGCGAUGGGUGACUCCAGCAGUGGCCCACAGGGGACCGAGUACACACUGCAGGGUGUUAUGCGCUUCCUGCAGACGGAAUGGCAUCGACACGAGCGCGACCGCAACGCCUGGGAGAUUGAACGUGCGGAGAUGAAGUCUCGCAUUGGCAGGCUAGAGGGAGACCUACGCACGAGCAAGCGCCUACAUGAGUCUCUUGGCAAACAUGUUCGAUUGAUGGAGACGGCGCUCAAGAAAGAAAGGGAGAAGGCGAAGAAGCUCUCCAACAAUGAAUCGAUUGAGGACAUGAAGGACCCGAAAGAGGUUGCGCGUGAGAGUCUCAACUUCUUAAAAGCUCAACGCUCCCAGUCAAGCCCAGCACUCGAAAACGACCAGGAUUCCACCAACACAAAUUCGCACGAAGAUCAAUUAGAAGAUGGCAUAGAUCAAACUCGAGGUUUCCUGUCCAAGGCCUCCCACGAAAUUGCGUACCAUGUUAUUCCUUCUUCUCACCCGCCGCUUGAUCUCAACGACUCCGAUCUUUCCAGUCACAUCUACGGCAAUCAGCAGCUCUCGCAACAGAACCUGGAAGAGGCAUACCUCCACCAGCAGCGUCAGAAAGCGAAUCAUAUGAUGGCACGCGACAUGGCAGUACAGAAUCACCAGCCCGUAUCCAACCACUACUCUGAAAAUGUCAUGGCUGGCGGUCCGAACCACUACAUUCCUCAGGAUAACAUGAAUAGACGCCAGCUAGACCACCAACAAGCACCCGUACCGACGAUCGAAAACCGCAGCCACACAUACGAACAGGGCCUAGUUGAUGAUCGCCAGAACCAGGCAUAUGAGGUCCCAGGGCCUCAAGUAAUUGUCAAGGAAGAUGCGGGCCCACAGAAUCAGGAGGAAAAGACCGAGGAUGUGGAUGGUUGGAACUUUGAUGAACCCGCGGAGCCAGAGCCUACCAGCGAGCCCAUUCUGCCUCAUCGGCCGGAUACUGAUGCCUUCCCCAAUGCCAAUUUUGUACGUUCCGAGGCGUCUAAGAGCGGAUCACUUCCUCACCGAAGGAAGAGCUCCGGAUCAAGGCGCAAGAGCGACGGUGCAAUCGAUGCUCGCGAAGCGGGUGCGACAUUUGGACAGCCACAGGAUUCGAACUUCAAGGUCCGCUUUGCCUUACGCGGUCACUUAGAUGUGAUUCGGUCUGUUAUCUUCACCGGUGGAGGUAGCCCUUCAGAACCCGAGAUCUGCACUUCUAGCGACGAUGGAACGAUCAAGCGAUGGAUUAUCCCAGCCACCUAUGGUGGCUUUGGAGCCCAUGGCCCUAAUUCUAGCAACGAUUUGGAUAUCACAAGCUACUUCACUCACCGUGGACACGAAGGCGCAGUCACCUCGCUUGCUGCAUGUUCACCCUCACAGAACAUCUCCAACGGAGGCCGUGUUUUGGGCGACGGAUGGGUGUUUUCAGGUGGCCAAGACGCCAGUGUGCGCGUGUGGGAGCGUGGGCGUGUUGAUCCUAAAGCCACUUUGGACGGACACAAGGAAGCAGUUUGGGGACUCUGUGUUCUUCCAGGCACCGUGGGGUCUGUCUUUGAUGAUUCCAGUAACCAAUAUGGUGGGCCUGAUCGCAUCUUGCUUGCUUCCAGUGCAGCAGAUGGACGCAUCUUGAUCUGGGCUGUCAGCGCUCCUCCUCAAAUUUCAGCUCCUCCUGCUGGCUCACGCCGUCAAGGGGGAAGCCGCCGGGCGAAUUCCAUAUCCUCCGGUUCCAACUUCCCAUCUUCUCCCCAGCCUAGUGUUGCUACAACCACGCCAUUCCACUUCACUCUUGUUCACCACAUUUGUCGUGCCGAGUCUCCUGCCUCAACAUGCAUCAGCCCCUUGUCUCUUGCAGGUGUCAAUUUUGUUGUCUCAUACUCGGAUGCCUCUAUCCUGGUUUACGAUACCCGGACCGGCGAAGAAAUCGUAGGAAUGGCCAGUCUUGAAACCUACGACGGCACACCUUCUACUGGUGUCAACUCUGUUGUCACGACCACUGUCGGCUUCGAUGGAACCGCUAACCUGGACCCUAAUCGGGCCAUGGCCGAGGAAGAAGUAGUCCACGGUGCUACUGGAUCCAGUAGCGUUGAGGGCGUGAUUAUUAGUGGAUACGAAGAUCGCUACAUCCGGUUCUUCGAUGCAAACAGUGGUCAAUGCACAUAUACCAUGCUGGCCCACCCUGCUGCAAUCGCCUCAUUGUCACUGUCCCCUGAUGGACGCGAACUCGUGUCAGCUGGCCAUGACGCAAGCCUACGCUUCUGGAACCUUGAGAAGCGCAGCUGUACUCAGGAGCUGACAAGCCACCGAUUGAUGCGUGGCGAAGGCGUCUGCGCCGUGGUCUGGAGUCGUGACAGCCGUUGGGUCGUCAGCGGCGGCGGAGACGGUGUGGUCAAGGUUUUUUCUCGAUGA